AGAGGGCAGGGCACCGGCUGCGCCCCACUGACGGAGCCGGGCCGGGCCCCGCCGCCUCCCGGCCUCCAGCGGGCAGCGCGGGCAGCGCGGACGGCGGCCCGAGGUAGUUUGCACAAUGGAGGAGAGGGAAGGUGAGAGUCCUGGCAUUGAUCAGAAUGCAGGCCAGAGCAUCACGCCAAGCAGAAACACAGGAAACCUCAGCAGCUGGGCUGUGGACAUCCAAGCCAUCAGUCCACCAGAAGCAGUCCAUCAAGCACAGCCUUUUGGUGAGUUUAAACUGUCUCCAGAGCAGAAGUGGCAGCAGGCUCUGUUCCCUAAGUGGCACUUGCCUCUGAAGAUAGCUGCUGUGCUGUCAGCAGUCACCUUUGUGUACACUGCCCUCAGAGAUGUCCUGUAUCCUUUUCUGAGCAGGAAGGAAAAUGCCUGCUAUAAAAUUCCAAUCCUUGUGGUCAACAAAGUGCUGCCUGUGGUUUCUAUCACCCUUUUGGCACUGGUGUAUUUGCCAGGACUGCUGGCUGCUGCCUUCCAGCUGUACUUUGGCACCAAGUACAAGAGGUUCCCACAGUGGCUGGACAGAUGGAUGUCCUCAAGGAAGCAGUUUGGACUUCUCAGUUUCCUCCUGGCUGCCAUGCAUGCCUGCUACAGCCUGUGCUACCCCAUGAGGAGGUCUUACAGAUACAAGCUGCUGAACUGGGCCUUCCAGCAGGUGAAACAGAAGAAGGAAAAUGCCUGGAUUGAAGAUGACGUUUGGAGGAUGGAGAUCUAUGUGUCUGUGGGAAUUCUGGGCCUUGCUUUGCUGGCCGUGCUGGCAAUCACAUCAAUCCCAUCUGUUAGUCACUCCCUGACCUGGAGAGAGUUCCACUGUAUCCAGGGCAAGAUGGGAUAUUUAGCUCUGCUGCUGUGCACCCUGCACGCCCUGGUGUUUGCUUGGAACAAGUGGGUUGAUGUUAACCAGUUCAUCUUGUACACGCCACCCUCCUUCAUGGUAGCAGUGUUCCUUCCUCUGGUCGUCCUGCUGGGCAAAGGCACACUGCUCUUGCCAUGCUUUAGGAAGAGGAUCAAACAGAUCAGGUGUGGCUGGGAAGCUGAUACACCCUCCAAUCAAACCAGCAUCACCUCCAGACUGUAGGUCUCACAAGGACAUUAGUCUGUGGAUGUCCACCUGCUCAGGCUAUGAGAUGUUCACUCACAAGCUCCAUUCUCCUGUGUUCUGUAGAUGUUUCUUGCUCUCUUCUUAUUUCUCCUGCAGGAGGAUGGGGUUCUUGAUGCUGUUUGG